AUGGGCAUCCGUGGGAUGCUGCGAGCCGCUGUGCUUCUGCUGCUCAUCAGAACCUGGCUCGCGGAGGGCAACGACCUCAAUCCCACCCCGAAGUUCCACUUCUUCGAGCUCUCCUCCACCGUGCCCGAUGUCGUCCUGGACCUCUUCAACUGCAAAAGUUGUGCAAAUGAAGCUAUGGUUCACAAGAUUUUGGACAGGGUGCUGUCGAAAUAUGAUGUCCGUCUGAGGCCCAAUUUUGGAGGUGCCCCUGUGCCAGUGGGAGUAUCUAUCUAUGUCUCCAGUAUUGAACAGAUCUCAGAAAUGACUAUGGACUAUACUAUUACAAUGUUUUUUCAUCAGACCUGGAAAGAUCCACGUUUAGCAUACUAUGAGACCAAUCUGAACCUGACCCUGGACUAUCAGAUGCUUGAGAAGUUGUGGGUCCCUGACUGCUACUUUCUAAAUAGCAAGGAUGCUUUUGUGCAUGAUGUGACUGUAGAAAAUCGCGUGUUUCAGCUUCAGCCAGAUGGAACGGUGCGGUAUGGCAUCCGGCUCACCACCACAGCAGCUUGUUCCAUGAAUCUGCAAAAAUUCCCUCUGGACAAGCAGACCUGCAAGCUGGAGGUGGAGAGCUAUGGCUACACAGUUGAAGACAUCCUAUUAUACUGGGAAGGCAAUGGGAAUGCCAUCCAGGGUACUGAGAAGCUGCACAUCCCUCAGUUCAGUUUCCUAGGAAAGACGAUGACUAGCAAAGAGGUGUUUUUCUACACAGGUUCCUAUGUGCGCCUGAUAGUGAGGUUCCUGGUCAAGAGGGAAGUCACCAGCUACCUUGUGCAGAUCUAUUGGCCUACUGUCCUCACCACUGUUGUUUCCUGGAUAUCAUUUUGGAUGAACUAUGAAUCCUCUGCAGCCAGGGUGACAGUAGGUUUGACUUCAAUGCUCAUCCUGAAUGCCAUCAACUCACAUCUGCGGAAUAAACUCCCCCAAUUUUCCUGUAUCAAGGCCAUUGACAUCUAUAUGGUCGUAUGCUUCUUCUUUGUGUUCCUGUCCUUGCUAGAAUAUGUCUACAUCAACUAUGUUUUCUACAGCCGAAGAGGACCUCAGCGCUCUCAGAGGCAACUCAGAAGAGCCCAAAGAGUCAUGACCCGCUACCGCUACCAAGAGGCGAUUCUAUCCACUGUCUCCUUAAAGGAUGACCAGUUGCACAUAGAAGAUGAAAAUGGCUCUCCUCCCUCCAGACGGGUGUGGGCUGGCCUAGCAAGCCCAGAAAGCCUCGGCUCUCUAGCCUCCAUCUCAGAGCAGGCACCUCUGGCCUCCUCAGAAAGCCUCAGCUCACUGUCUUCUCUCUCGGACCAGUCCUGGCUGGCCACUGCAGAAAGCCUGAGUGACCUGCCAUCCACCUCAGAGCAGGCCGUGCCCAGCUAUGGCAUUUGCAUUAAUGAUAUUGAUAUUGAUGACAGUGUUAUUCCUACUGAAAUCCGCAACUGUGCAGAGGCCCAUGGCCGUGCUGAGACCUGUGACCCAGAAGACCCUGAAGAGAGCUCCAACUCCGAUGAGAGCCAAGACCAUGGCCCCAGUAGGAAGCAUCUGCUUGUCCACAGCCAGAGGUGUGUGCAAGAAGCAAACUACAACCUUGAGGAGAUCCAUAACACCCUUGAUGAGACCCAUAGCACCCUUCAUGACAUUUGUAGCUUGCCUGAUGACGUCAGAGUUGAGAGUGGCUGCCUUGACCUUGAGAAGCAACUCAAGUAUAAUGUUGACAGUACCUGCAGCCUUUAUGGUAAUGUUAUGGGCUUUGAUCCAGACAAGAACACUAACUCGGAGUCUGAUGACAGUUCCCCCCCAAGCCCUGGGUGCUCCUUCAGUAAAGGGUUCUCUUCCAAGCUCUUUCACCCUGACUACAUCCCUAAGGUCGACCGGUGCUCCCGGCUCCUCUUCCCUCUUGCCUUUGUGGUGUUCAACAUUGUUUACUGGGUGUACCAUAUGUAUUAG